AUGACGAAACUCGACGUUCUCCGUCGUUACCUCCUCCCAUGCGUCUCACCUCCUCCGAAUCCCACCACCACCGCGUCGCCAUCCACCGGACCAGUCUCCAAGAAACGUCUCAGCACUUCCCUCAGAGACGACAUCGACGUCCAAGACUCCGCAUCUUCCUCCGCCUCUUCCUCCGAGGCCACAUCCUUCUUCUCCGCCGCUGACUCCGACUCCGACUACCUCCCCGCCGUCACGCAGCCGGCGAGACCCUCCAAGACCAUGGUGAUCGGCACGCUUUACGGCAAAAGAAAGGGACACGUCUGGUUCUGUGUCCAGCACGACCGUCUCUCCGUGAAACCUCUCCUCCUCCUCGAGCUCUCCAUCGCGACGAGCCAGCUAGUUCACGAGAUGGGUUCGGGUCUUGUUCGCGUGGCUCUGGAGUGUCCGACCCGACCCGAGUUGAAGUCUUGUCUCCUGAGAUCUGUUCCCGUUUGGACUAUGUUUUGCAACGGGAGGAAGUUAGGGUUUGCUGUGAGGAGGAGCGCUAAUGAGGAGACGAGAGGGGUGUUGAAGAAGUUGGAGUCGAUGACUGUUGGUGCGGGGGUGUUGCCGUCUGGUUCCGGGUCGGGUGAAGCGGAUCUUGAUGAGGUUAUGUAUAUGAGGGCUAACUAUGAGCAUGUUGUUGGUAGCUCUGACUCGGAGUCGUUUCAUCUCAUUAACCCGGAUGCUAACUCGGCUCAAGAACUCAGUAUCUUCUUGCUCAGAACCUCUGCCUAGUUUACCUUCUUGUGGUAUUAAUUAUGAAUGCUUUUCAUCAAAGAUAGGUUUAGACUUUAGAGAUCUUAGUGUUUUUGAGUUCUUAGUGAGACAUUUCUAAGUGGAUUUGAGUUGUUGAGUGUUUUAACAUCUUUUUGUUAGGGAGAUUGACAAAUUUUCAAGAUGUUCUUGAGUGUAA